CCACACCUUCUCCCAUCAACACAGCCACCUGAAGAACCAUAAGCAGCAAAAAAAAGGCAGUAAUAAACCAAACUCAUGGGGGAAUCAAAGAAGAAAAGCAGAUCAGUCGCUACACAAAGAGCUUGGAAUCUUGUAAGAAUGGCUCUUCUAUGGGGAAGAAAAGGUGGCAUCUUCAAGAAAUGGCACAUGUUCGAGCUACGUAACUUGGUCCCCAAGCAUCUUAAAGCCCUAGCUCAUCAUUCUAACAGCGUUGAUGAUAGCGUCCGUUACCUCGGUGAGAAACAGCUCUCUUUCGACGAGACCCCGGUCUUUAACGUAAAGAUGCAUCGUCCUGCUUCGAUGAGGUUCCUAUUGCCUUGCAUUGCUCCUCCCGUUGACUUUGAUUACGACUUUGAAUUGGACCGUCAAGAUAAUGAUGCCGACGAUGUUAGAUCCUACGGCUACUAUAACGAUUAUUGCAAUGAGAAAUGUGAACGUGCGGAUGGUACUUAUCAAGAUGAAGAAGAAGAUGAGAAAGGGGUUGAUGUGAGAGCAGAUGAGUUUAUUGCUAACUUCUAUCAACAGAUGAAGUUACAGAGACAAAUCUCUUACUUGCAAUACAAAGAACACAAUGACGUUGUAUGAUGAUCAUAACAAGUGUUCUAAAUUUUUCACAUAGAAAUGUUUCUCUUUUUUUUUUUUUGUUAAUUCUCCAUUUUUUGUUUUCAAUUUUGGUUAAAUAAAUGGUUACUUCAUUGUUAUA